GAAACAAAAACGUCAUAUUUACGCGACAGCAGGGUCACCACGGUGGCUGUUGCUGUUGUUUUCGUAUUGCACAGAGGAGUCCCAGAUUUUUUAAAACAGGCCCUUUAACCUGAGACAAACAUGUCCACUGCUAUGAACUUCGGGUCGAAGACUUUUAAACCCCGGCCUCCUGACAAAGGCUCGUUCCCUCUGGAUCAUUUCGGAGAGUGUAAAGCCUUCAAGGAGACGUUUAUGAAAUGCCUAAGAGACAACAGCUUCGACAACUCCAAGUGCCGACUGCAGUCCAAAGGCUACCUGGAGUGCCGCAUGGACCAUCAGCUGAUGGCCAAGGAGCCUCUGGAGAAACUGGGAUUCAAGGACCUGAUGGAUCCUCCUCCCAGCCAGGCAGACAGAGAAACUAAACCCUGACAACACAAGUCCCCCAGAAGCAUAUGUGAGUGUGAAGCUGAGGAGAAUGGCCUCAAGGACUUUCAGAAUGCGGGCCUGCAAGAGGACAUUAUGGUUUGCAUUGUGGCCUUAGUUUGAGGUUACAGAGUACAAACUAAUUUAUCAACCCUUCGUGUACAUAACAUAAAAUGUAUAAUAUAUGGAGAUGCUGUUUUGGCACGUCAAUAAAUCUUUUUUAUUAAAGUAAA